AUGAACCAGGCUCAGAGACUUCACCUCAGUCUCUUCAAACGGCGCAGAAGGAGAGCCCACCUGUGGCUGCUCCACGCGCUCUACACCAGGACGCACGGGGGACAUCACUCAGAUGUGAAGGACUCCCCCUGCAGGUCGUCUCUGAGCCCUGCAGCCGCCUCCACAGAACGCCGCCCCCCGGUGGAGGAGAGCCAGGAGCUGGGGGAGCUGCUGCAGAGCUCCGGUCUCAGCCGCAGCCGUGCCUCCAUGUCCUCAGCGGAGUCUGCGGGCUCCGUGGGCUCGGUCCGCGGAGACGAGGGCGGGAUGUACUCUGAGUUCUACGGAGAAUAUUCACCGCUGUUUGACGCUGGGAACGAGUCCGACAACACCAGCCUCAAAGGGGACGCCGAUGAGCCAGCGGAGCAGGAGGAGCGGGGCCUGCCGGAGGGCCAGGGCCAGUACAGGCUGGAGGGGUGGAGCCUGAAGGUGGCCCAGUUCCACGGUCUGAUGGUGAAGCGGUUCCACUGUGCCAAACGCAACACCAAACUGCUGUUCUCUCAGAUCCUGCUGCCGGCCUGCUUCGUCUGCGUCGCCAUGACCGUCGCACUGUCCGUGCCCCGAAUCGGAGACCUGCCGCCGCUGGUCCUGUCUCCGUCUCAGUACCACAACUACACUCAACCCAGAGGAAACUUCAUCCCCUUUGCCAACGAGGACCGCCCUCAGUACAGGAGCGGACAGUCCCCAGACGCUGGUCCUCAGGAGAUCGUGCGCACUCUGCGGCUGCCGUCCGGAGUGGGUGCGUCCUGUGUGUUGCGGGCGCCUCACAACAGCUCUCUGGACGCAGCGGCGCUGGCGCUCGACCCGUCCACGCCCGGCUUCAAGGCGGCCGCGGCUCGCUGCUUCGACAGGUUGUGUCUGGACUCGCUCACUCAGGGCGCACCGCUCUCCAACUUCGUCCCGCCGCCACCGUCGCCUGCACCCUCCGACGACCCUGACCCGCGCUUUGAUGACGCCCUCUGGAACUUCACUGUCCCGCCUCCCACCACCAUCCACGCCACUUCUCGUCCGGCUCUUCCUCUCUCCGUCCACGAGCCUGUGCGCUGCGUGUGCUCCAUGCAGGGCACCGGCUUCUCCUGCCCCAGCGGCGUGGGAGGGCGCCCCCCGCUGGCCAAAGUGGUGACCGGAGACAUCCUGGUCGACAUCACAGGGAGGAACGUGUCGGAAUACCUGCUCUACACCUCCGACCGACUGCGGCUGCACAGAUACGGAGGUCUGACUGUGGGGAACAUUCAGAAGUCUGUCCCUGCUGCGUUUGGGAACAAGGUCCCUCCACUGGUACGAAAGAUCGCGGUCCGACGAGCGGCUCAGGUGCUGUACAAUAACAAAGGCUACCACAGCAUGCCCACUUACCUGAACGUGCUCAACAACGCCAUCCUCAGAGCCAACCUGCCGCCGUCCAGAGGAAACCCGGCGGCCUACGGCAUCACGCUGACUAAUCACCCAAUGAACCGGACCAGCGCCAGUCUGUCCUUGGACUAUCUGCUGCAGGGCACAGACGUGGUCAUCGCCAUCUUCAUCAUCGUGGCCAUGUCCUUCGUCCCUGCUUCCUUCGUCGUCUUCCUCGUCUCAGAGAAAUCGUCCAAAGCCAAACACCUGCAGUUUGUGAGCGGCUGCGACCCGGUCAUCUACUGGCUCUCCAACUACGUCUGGGACAUGUUGAACUACCUGGUCCCAGCCACCUGCUGUGUGUUCAUCCUGUUUGUGUUCGACCUGCCGGCGUACACGUCCCGGACCAACUUCCCCGCCGUGCUCGCCCUCUUCCUGCUCUACGGCUGGUCCAUCACUCCCAUCAUGUACCCGGCUUCUUUCUGGUUUGAAGUCCCCAGCACGGCCUACGUCUUCCUCAUUGUCAUCAACCUCUUCAUCGGAAUCACAGCCACGGUCGCCACCUUCCUCCUGCAGCUGUUUGAACACGACAAGGACCUGAAGCGUGUCAACAGUUACCUCAAGUCCUGCUUCCUGAUCUUCCCCAACUACAACCUGGGCCACGGCCUUAUGGAGAUGGCCUACAACGAGUACCUCAACGAGUACUACGCCAAGAUCGGUCAGUUCGAUAAAGUCAAGUCUCCGUUCCAGUGGGACAUCGUGACCCGGGGUCUCGUUGCCAUGACGAUAGAAGGUUUUGUGGGGUUCCUCAUCACGCUCCUCUGUCAGUACAACUUCCUCCGCAAACCUCCCCGUGUUCCGGUGAGCGUUCAGCCCAUUGACGACGAUGACGAAGAUGUGGCAUGUGAGCGGAGGAGAGUCCUGCGUGGAGACGCGGACCAGGACGUGCUGAAGAUACAGAACCUCACCAAGGUGUACAAGUCUCGUAAAAUGGGUCGUAUCGUGGCCGUGGACCGCCUCUGUCUCGGCGUCCGUCCCGGCGAAUGUUUUGGUCUGCUGGGAGUGAACGGAGCCGGAAAAACCUCCACCUUCAAAAUGCUCACAGGAGACGAGAGCACGACCGGAGGAGAGGCCUUCAUCAGCGGAAACAGUGUGCUGAAGGAGCUGUUGCGUGUUCAGCAGAGUAUCGGAUACUGUCCUCAGUUCGACGCCCUGUUCGACGACUUGACGGCCAGAGAGCACCUGCAGCUCUACACUCGCCUGCGGGGGGCGCCCUGGAGCGACCAGUCCAGGGUGGUGGAGUGGGCGCUGCAGAAGCUGGAUCUGUGUGAAUACGCAGACGAGCCGGCCGGGACGUACAGCGGCGGAAACAAACGCAAACUGUCGACCGCCAUCGCCCUGAUCGGCUUCCCCCCACUCAUCUUCCUCGACGAGCCCACCACAGGAAUGGACCCUAAAGCUCGUCGGUUUCUAUGGAACCUCAUCCUCGACAUCAUCAAAACAGGACGCUCCGUGGUGCUGACGUCACACAGUAUGGAAGAGUGUGAGGCCCUCUGCACGCGGCUCGGCAUCAUGGUCAACGGACGCUUCAAGUGUUUGGGAAGCAUCCAGCACCUCAAGAACAGCUUGGUAAGACUCGGAAAGAAGAAUUUUGCAUCCACAGCCGCGCACUGA